GCCGACGAGUCGUGCGUGUGCACGUGCGAUUACCGGCAGUGACAUCCGAAUACUCAGACACUAUGCGCCACCGGUUCGUCUUAUCCAUGCUGCUCUUGCUGCCGGCCGUCCGGGCCGCGGUUGGUGCGAAAAACGGACCUGAAAUUCGACCAAAAAACGAUGACGACGCAUUAAUCAAUAGCCUGGAGGAUGUGGACCUCAGUUGCGACGGAGGUAGAUGCGAACCAGACGGACAAGACGUCGUCCCGUCGUCGAGUUGGACAACCACCAAGAAACCAAAUAUUUUUCAACUGACCAAUAAAUCGUGUCCCGGAUUCGAACUACCCCCGAUUUUCCCUCGGCAGAAAUGUGACACUGAUAGAGACUGCUGGCCAAGGAUAUGUUGUGGAUAUGGUGGACUCAACGGUCAGAAAUAUUGUCGAAUUCCUUUGCCAAGUUGGCGAAAUGAUUUAAUGAAGACCAUUACAAAAAUUUUAGUACCUACUCGACUAAUACUGCCAGAAGUUCAACCGCAGUAAAAGGGACACGAGAAAAGCACUGUUUAUAUUACUGCACUUUGACAUUACACCAAUCAGAUACAAAAAUAUCAAGUGUUAUAUUAUACUUCUUAAAUUUCAAAAUACAUUAUUCAUUUUGACUUGUUGUUAUAAAAUAAAUUAAAUUUAUUGCAAAAAUAAAUUGUAUUUUUACAUACAUUUUUAUAAAAUAUACCUUAACAACGAUGAAAGAUAUUAAAUGUCUUGAUAUAUUAUCAAUGCUUUAACUUAAAUAAUUACAUUUUUAAAUAUGUGAUUUAUUCUUUUUUAUAAUUUCAAAGAGUAUAUUGCUCACUUAGUUGGGAAUUUAAAAAAAUGUAAACCUAAUUGAAGGACGAGAUGGAUAUAGUGCACAAAUGUUCAUAAAAAUUUAAUAAUUAUAAAGAACUUCUUGACCAAACCUUGACUGAAAGCCUAAAAAAAAAAUACAAAUGAAAUAUUUACACAAUAUUAUACAUGCAAGUAAUAAUUACUAAUUACUAAAAUGUCGUUUAAUUAUCAAGCGACAUUUUAUUUUAAAAAAUAAUUAAAAAAAUAUUACAUUUUCUAAAUCGUGUACUUAAAAUUUCUCAACUAUAUCAAUGAAAAUAAAAUGAAUAAAAACUGAGUAAUAAGUACUUACAAUAAAUUAGUCGGUAUUGUAAUAUUCUCUCAUGCUGUAUAAUACCUGUUAUAAAUGGAGUGCUGCAUUAGACCGUUAGAACUUUGAUACUAAUUACAUUUCUAUACAAACGAUAACUGAGUAACGGCAUUUACCCACUAUUAAAUCCAAUUUAAAUUAAAUAAAGCUCUAUUUCCAUUUUCAAACUUUGACAUAAAGUUUAUUAUGAAUCCAUAUUUUCGAAAAGCACUGCACCUGAGUAUACCUAGGUAUAUGAUAUUUAAGAAACAUCAAAGACAUUAUUAUAAAUUAUUAUUUAUUACAAUUUAACCCAGGAAAUGUAAAACUUUGAACAGAUGCGAUAAUAUUUCUAAAACACUUAUUAUUUUAAGUAUCCAUAAUAUUUCUCCCAGUAACCAGAAACAAUAUAUAAAAAUAAUGAACUAAUAUAGUAAGAUCUAUUAGUGUUCAUGAUAAAAUAAAUAUCAAAUAAAUGUAAAAUAUUAUUAAAUAAUAAUAUACAUCUAACAAAAAUGUGAUAAUAUUUAUUACACAACAUUCUGUAAUAUAAGAAUUUUUUUUAAAGAUAUUAUGUUUUGUUUAAUCACAAUAAAAUAAAAUGACUAGCCAUUAGCCGGGUAGUUAUUUGCUUGUACUUUAUUACUUUCUAUGGUAUAAUAUCCACAUUUUGACUAAGGCAAUUUUUUUUAAAGUAAAUAAAAUAAAAACCUUUUCUUAAAAUACUAAUUAGGUAUACAUUGUACUACAAAGUUUGUAUAAACGCAUAUUUUAGAACCUUUCAUAAUUAUUUUCAAAAUAGUUUUGUUUGUUUCAAUAUCGGCGAACUUUCUUAUUGGAAUAAUUCUAUAUAUUCAAAUUAUUUAUAUUAAGUUGAAAGAUGUAAGUUUCCUCUCAUUUGAAAAAAAAAAUUAUUGAUUCAGUUUUAAGUAAAUAGUACUACUAAACCUUUAAGGAAUUCAGUGCGUUAGACUAAAAUAGAGAUAAAUUAAAAGUGAUCGAUCGAAUUUUCUUCUUUGAUUCCUGUUACGUAUAUCAAUAUCAUAUAUCAAUUGUAGGUAUGUUUCAGUUUAGGACUUUAGGUAGGUACAUCCUAACUAUGGGGGUUAAAAUCGAAAGACAAUUUCAAUUCAAAACAUUAUAAUAUAGAAUAGAUCAAAACUGAAAUAUUUUAAUACCAUUUAUGACUUUUUGAAAUCAAAUUAAAUUAUAUAUAAAGAUAUAUAGCUAAAUUACAAAACAUAAAAACUCGCGUUCAACGUAUACGCAUACACGUUUGUUCUGUUUUGAACUACAACAAUUUUGCACACCAUCACCAGGCUUUCACUGUAAUCUUAUUAGUUAUUAGAUACUAAAGAACUAUUAUCUAUUGUUGAACAAGAGUCCUCAACUUUUAGAAUAAAUAAUAAUAGUUGUAAUAAUUAUUAUAAUAAUAAUAGUAAGUCAAGUCAGACUACAAUGAAAAACAAUUAAGCCGCCAAAAUAAGGAAUUAUAGUGACCGAUAUGGCAAUAUCUAUUUAAUUCCUAAUAAACUAUUUUUAGCAAUACUCUCGAAUGAACCCUAAAAUGCUAACCUAUGUAUACUACCGAGUCUUGACGCAUGUGACUUAACUUGAACAUAAUAAAUUAAAAUAUACGGUCUAAAUACGGUUCUAAAAAUGCAAUCAAAAAAAUAAAAACAGUUUUAACGACUUUUUUUGCCGUGAAAUCAACCACCGUCGUGUCGGGACUUAAAAAUCAUCGUUCGCAGAGGGACGUAAAUCGGCCACAGUACCCAAUGAAAAUCGUGAGGUCAUAACUUUUUUAAGCACCUAAAAUAACGACGUUAGUCAUUACUCAUUAUAAACAAAACAAUUAACUCUUGGCUUACUAUUCACAAUUCGUACCUAUGUCAAAACCUCACGGAAAUUAUUUACAUAUCAUUGUCAUUUAUCUAUAAAAAGUCAACAAUAGACAUUACGUCGUGGAACUAUUACAAAUAGGUACUCUAUAGGUAAUUACACGUAUUAUAUAGUUCUAUUUAAUGCAUGUGCUAUAUUUUAUUAAUUUUUUUAAUACUAUGGAAAGAAUUUUCCGAAACUGUUUAGUGCAUAAUAUUAUAAGCUUUCGGUCAUCUAUUACAGCUAAUUUAAAAAAUAUGAUAUAAUACAAUAAUUGUGAUACCAAAUGCAUCUCAAAAGGGGACGAACAACUUGUAUGUUCUGAAUUUUAUAAAAAAAAACUUUUUCUACAAUAUUUGAUUUUGAUAAAAUCAUGACGUUCUUAGUCAAUAUAAAAUAUUUGGGACAUAACGCUUUUAGAUGAAAGAUGAAAUGGAUAGAAAAUAUUUAUCAAUUUUCUAUAUGGUAUUAUUAGUUUAAAUUCAUAGAAACGAAUUCCUAAAUACUUUUAUCCAUCUCCCGUUUGUAAAAUAAUAAUUAUUAUAAAAUAUUACUGUUCCGUCAACGACAUAAUAUACGUUCACAUGACAAAAACUAGAAAAAAACACAAUUUACCGAAAAAUUACGGAAAAUAUUUAAUUGAAAUAGUUUUUCCGGUAAGAUUUUUCGUAUUUUAAAAUCGCUCACGAUUAAAAAAAAUAUAUAUAUAUUGUAUGAAACAGAACAACUCGUCUGUCUCGUCCAGCUGCACAAAGUCGGACUUUGGUUGAACUUUUUUUUUAAGGGGCUGAUAUUAUCCAAUGUGGCUUGCACUAUUAUUACUGAGCAACGGCUCCCCCCUAGAGUCUGUCUAUAUGCUGCUGCCGUCAUAAUUUCAACAAUUUCGUAAAAAAAAAGAGGAGAGUACGUUUCGUACACUUGAAAAAUCGCCAAGACAUUGGGUACCUACCGAUCGUACCCAAUAAAGUACCGACGAAUUAUUGUUUUUUUUUCCGCGUUUCUUUUCAUUAAAAUGUAGCGACCACGUGGUACGAAAUAUAAGUCGCGGGUCGCUGAAUCGACAGGUGACAAUACUAUUACGAUGAUCGUGU